UCUAGCCAAGGGGCUCGGUUGUUUCAGGGACACUGGAAGAAGAGCCAUAUCAACCCUAGAAGGCAGAAGUCGUCUUCUGAAAGGACAUUACCGAAGGAGACGAUAUGCUAUUCAGAAAUGCGCUUUGGCUGCAAAGCGGCGUGGGUAUAGCGUGUUUGCCGUACAACAUCAGGGAUGGUGUGCUUCAGCAAGACAUGCUUAUCGAACAUAUGGAAAAUACGGCAGAUCUAACAGAUGUAGGAAUGGAAAAGGAGGACCUUGGGCCAAUGAUGUCUACGUUCUGAGAGGAUCCUGUCGCGCGCGAACAACUCGCGGUGAAUGCUGUGUAUUCCCGUUCAUUUACCGCAACAGACGAUUCACCAGCUGUACCACAGCCAAUUCCAGGGGACGCCCUUGGUGCGCUGUCACUCCAAGCUAUGACGUGGACAAACUGUGGGGCUAUUGCGCAGGACGAGGAGCAAAAAUCAUCAAAGUCACGCUGUCAGUCACACUCCAGAGAAUCGGCUGCUUCAAAGACACUGCUCGCAGAGCCAUUCCACAACUGGAUGGAAAAAGUAUUCUCCUACGAGGAAGCUACCGUCAUCGGAAAUUCGCCAUAAAGAAAUGCGCUCUAGAGUCAGCCAGGCGUGGUUACAAAUUCAUGGCAAUCCAACAUGGUGGUUGGUGUGCAUCAGGACCGCAUGCUCAUAGAACCUUUGCAAGGUACGGACGAUCUAACAGAUGUAGGAAUGGAAAAGGAGGACCAUGGGCGAACGAUGUCUACAGGAUUUCAGGAAAAUGCCGUCUUCGCACUACAAAGGGCUACUGCUGUUCUUUGCCAUUUGUGUAUCGCAGGCGUCGAUACAACAGCUGCGCCAGUAAUGGACGGGGAAGGACCUGGUGCCCAAUAACUCCGGAGUAUGGCAGGAAGAAACUGUGGGGGUACUGCAGGGGAGGAAAACGACCUCGACCGAUACGGGUCACGCCUGGUGUUUAUAUCAAACCUAUUGGUUGUUUCCGAGACACUGGCCGCCGAGCUAUUCCACAGAUGGAUGGAAAAGACAUCGUCGUCCGUGGCUUCUACCGAAGAAGAGCCGCCGCCAUCUAUAAGUGCUUUGCGGCAGCCGCCAGGCGUGGUUACAGAGCCUUUGCAGUUCAGCAUCAAGGAUGGUGUGCGACUGGCCCAAGAGCUCACCUGACAUUCAGGAAGUACGGACGAUCCAAUCGAUGUAGGAACGGCAAAGGAGGACCAUGGGCGAAUGAUGUUUAUUUCAUAUCCGGCAAAUGCAGGAAGAGAACGACAUCGCGUUACUGCUGUGCCUUUCCGUUCAGAUACAAGGGUCGUAGAUACAAUAGUUGUACAUCCAAAAACCACAAGCGACCAUGGUGCGCUAUAACGCAUAACUACGAUAGGGACAGGAAAUGGGGAAACUGCGCUGGAAGACGCCCUGUAAAACCAGUCCGUCCAGUGGUUCCCCCAACCAGAGGAAGAGUCAUACGAAUUUCUAUUGGAUUGAGAGCAAAGGGGCUUGGUUGCUUCAGAGACACAGGCCGAAGAGCCAUAUUACCCUUAGAAGGCAAAAGUCGCCUUCUGAAAGGACAUUACCGCCGAAGGCGAUACGCUAUUCAGAAAUGCGCACUGGCUGCACAGAAGCGAGGCUACAGAGUGUUUGCCGUGCAACAUCAGGGAUGGUGUGCGUCAACGAAGUAUGCCUAUCGAACAUUUGGAAAAUACGGGAGAUCUAACAGAUGUAGGAAUGGAAAAGGAGGACCUUGGGCCAAUGAUGUUUAUGUUCUGAAAGGUUCCUGCCGUAGAAGAACUACUCGCAACAACUGCUGUGUUUUCCCGUUCAUUUAUCGCGGCAGACGAUACAACCGCUGUACAAGAAUUAACUCCAGACGGCUCUGGUGCGGCAUCACUCCAAAUUAUGAUGUGGAUAAACUGUAUGGUUGGUGUAGAGGACGAGGACGACGUAUACCAAGAGUGCCACCGUCAUUGAGAGUCCAGAGACUUGGCUGUUUUAAAGACACAGGGCGCAGAGCGAUCCCUAUUCUUGAGGGUAAAAGCCGAUUUCUUAGAGGUAACUACCAGAGGCGACGUUAUGCCAUCCAAAAAUGCCUCAUGGAAGCAGCCAAGAGACGCUAUCGAGUGUUUGGAGUCCAACAUGGCGGCCAGUGUUUUUCGGGACCGCAUGCUCACAGAACCUAUGGGAAGUAUGGUCGAUCAAACAGAUGUAGAAAUGGCAAAGGAGGAGCAUGGGCGAAUGAUGUCUACCUGAUUUCAGGUAAAUGCAGGAAGCGUACGACGCAAGGAAACUGCUGUGCAUUCCCGUUCAGGUAUCGCGGGCGCAUAUACAACCGUUGCGCCAGGAAUCGACGGGGACAGAGAUGGUGCGCACUGACUCCAGACUACUCCAAGGACAGACUGUGGGGGUACUGCCGGGGAGGAAGAAAGCCUGCUCCUAUUAGAAUUUCUGGAGUUACCAUCAAAUCCAUUGGAUGUUUCCGAGACACUGGCCGUCGAGCCAUACCUCAGAUGGAUGGUCGAGGUAUCCUCGUUCGGGAUUUCUACCGAAGAAGAGCCGACGCCAUUUUUAAGUGCGCACUUGAAGCCAUGAGGCGCAAUUAUAGAUUCUUUGCUGUGCAACACCAAGGAUGGUGUGCGACUGGCCCAAGAGCUCACAUGACCUUCGGGAAGUAUGGACGAUCCAAUCGAUGUAGAAACGGCAAAGGAGGCCCAUGGGCUAACGAUGUGUACAGUAUUACCGGUAGGUCUUCGAAAGUUUCUUUGCAACCUUUCUCUCUAAAAUUAAAGGAGCUCAGUCACAGUAUUUUGAGUUAUUUUGGUCACAUACAAGAUUACAUUUAAAUCGAAGAAAACCUGAAAAUAAUCAUUUACUAACUAAGAUAGCAAAACAUCGAAGAGACAGUUUUAAACCGUAAAAGAGCAAGAAUGGUUAAGGAAGGAGCAGAUU